AGCGCGUGUGUGUUCGAGAAGUGGCUUCGACUACGUCGUAGGUUAUGUUGCUCGAGUUGCAUGGAUCAUCGUGUGCAAGCAACAUUAUCUUAAAUAUGAUAUUAGAACGUAAUAGCAGGUAGUUUGUGAGUGGCAGCUGGCUGUACCGAGCAGUUACCUUAACUUAUUACUUCGUGCGAGAGAUAACAACUUAGUUUACAACGAUGGACGACCAGGCGUGUCCACGGUGUAAAACCACCAAAUACCGAAAUCCAUCGUUGAAGAUGAUGGUGAACGUCUGCGGGCAUGCAUUGUGCGAGAGCUGCGUGGACCUGCUCUUUCUGAAAGGCUCCGGAUCCUGUCCAGAAUGCAAAAUUCCACUGAGGAGGACGAACUUUAGGGUUCAAAUGUUCGAGGAUUCUAUGGUCGAAAAGGAAAUGAAUAUAAGGAAACGUAUCCUGCGAGAUUUUAACAAAAGGGAAGAAGACUUUUCUACAUUAAGGGAAUAUAACGAUUAUCUGGAGGAAAUCGAGACUAUAAUAUAUAAUCUGGCCAACAACAUCGACGUGGUUGAAAUGAACAAGAAAAUAGAGCAGUAUAAGAAGGAUAACAAGGAGCAAAUAGCGAAGAGUAAAGCGAAGCUCGGCAGAAACGAGUACGAGCUGGAGGAGAUAAUAGAGCUGGAGAAGCAGAAGGAGGAGGAGAGGAGGAUAGAAAUUGCCAAGGAAGAGGUCGAGGCGAAGAAGAAGAAGAUUCGCGAGAAGGAAGCUCUGAUCGACGAGCUGACGUUCUCCGACGCGAAUGCCAAGAACAUCGUCGAAUCGUUCGCCUCCGCGAUACAGACGCAGAGGAAGGAGGCGAAGGCCGCCUCGUCGCCCACCGUCCGGACGAAUCAGUUCAGUACGGGAAUUAAAUUUGGUACUCAGGGAAAUCAGAAUUACUUAUCGGUGCCAAAGGUAGAAGAGGGGCCUCUCUACUCUUACACGCCCAUCCGGCAGCAGAUAGACGGCCCGUCGCCGCCCACCUGGCGGGAGCUCCAACCUCGUGGAUACGUUUCGCACAUACGUAACGAUUGCCAGGUCGAAAGAGCGGGCGGAUUUAGGGCGCACGUCGCGUGCCUGCGAGCGUUGCAGGAAGCGAUGGCCGGUCUGUACCACAAUCCCUCGCAACGACAAACGGAGUUUGCACCUGUAUGACCACGCAAGACACUUUCAAACAACGAAUGUGAUAUUUCUCUGUUUGUCCUAAUUUUUUUUCAAAAUGACACAUUGAAUACUACUACAAUCAGCUGUCAAGUUAAGAAUUAUUAUUUCUGUUGUCACAUGACAUGUCAAUUCAGAAUUUUGUUAUGCAGUGACAGUGCCUUGAGUAUAAAUUAAUGCGUAUAUGAGGUUGUAGCUCAAAUUACCAAAGCACUUCUGUCAUCAGUGAGAUAAUUUUCUGCUUUGUUAAAUGUACAUAUAUAUUUCUCACUAUUAAAAUAAUUUCACUGUUUAUUAAUAUUAAAAUCUUAUAUCGUUAGAUUUAGAGCGCAUUCCUUGGCGAUCAAAGGAAAACAGGAUUUUUUUUAGUGAAACGUAUUAUGUUACAUUGAAUAAAAAUGAGAUGUAAAAUUAACAUUGUUACUAGUUUCGAAAUAUUGUGUGAUAUAUACUCAUAUAUGUAUAUAUUACAUAAUAUGAUUCUGCAAGGAAGAAAAUAAAUUUUUUGUGAUUUGUA